CUGAGUCCAGUUGCGGUCGCUGUAUCUUUAUUGUAUUUCCAACAUGCGGCUGAUUAACGUUAUAGUCGGCGUCGCUGCCAUCGUCUGUGUCGCUCUGCUGUCGCCUAUUAUAAGUGCGGCAACAACGGCAAAUAAUGAGCUUAGUGCUGAUCUUUCGUCGGCAGGCAAGCGAAGUGAAAGUACAGUUUUGAGCAGUGGUGCGAUGGCAACAUAUGAGCAGGUGAAAGAUGUGCCCAAUCAUCCGGAGAUCUAUUUGAUUGAUGUGCGCAAUCCAGAGGAGCUGACGGCAACUGGCACCAUUCCGGCCAGCAUCAAUAUACCCUUGCCCAGUUUGGAGUCCGCUCUGCAGGUUGAGCCGGAGGAGUUUGAACAGACCUAUGGACGCGCCAAACCAGCAAAGGAUGCGAAAAUAAUAUUCACUUGUCGCUCCGGCAGACGUGCCCAGGAGGCCGAAAAAAUCGCCAAGGCUGCUGAAUUUACCAACUUGAGUGUCUACCACGGCUCCUGGCUAGAGUGGGCUGAAAAGGAAGGUCUGCCGCAGUGAGAUCGAUUAUACAAUUUCCAUUUGCACUCGUUGGCCUUUUUAUAACUCAAUUUCAAUCUAUUAUUUUAUUUUACACGAGAAGUACAUUGUAGAAAAAUGGUUUCGGAAUAAAUUAAGUCGUUUAAAGCAAGUAUACAAAA